AUGUAUUUAGAGGCGUUAGAGCUAUAUACAUGUGAAAGGAAUUCAGACAAUUUUACUAGAAUGAAACAGUUUAAAAAAGACUAUAAAUACUGCGUCAGGAAAACAAAGAAAGAAUAUAAUGUAAAACGAGGUAGAGAUAUGGAUGAAAUGCGCAGGAAAAAACCGCGCGAGUUUUGGCGAAUGUUUAAACCAAAAGGACAGAGCCAGAACGAGGCUGUCUCUGCUGAAGAUUUCUAUGAGCACUUCAAGAAUUUAGCAACCCAACAAAACAUUACCGACGAUGAAGUAGAGGACUUUUUAAAAUUAUUUGACGAAAAUCAACAUGAUGAUAAUGUAUCUUCGUGUGAUAUUGACAGAUCAAUCACAAAAGAAGAAAUUCGUAAAGCGUGUUCAAAAUUAAAGCGAAAUAAAAGUGCAGGCAUAGAUACAUGUUUAAAUGAAUAUUUCCUUGAAACGGCAGACAUACUAGUCGAAACAUUAGAAAAACUGUUUAAUACCAAACUUGAUUCAGGUGAAUUCUCAAAGCAAUGGACAGAAGGGGUCAUAGUGCCUAUUUUAAAGAAGCCACCAUGUGAUGAUACAAAUAACUAUCGCGGUAUCACGCUUACAAGUUGUUUCGGAAAAUCUUUACGUCAAUCCUUAAUGAAAGAAUUCUACAAUGGCGCAAUGAAAAUGAUCGGCUAA